AUGUUUAUUAUAUUAGCAAUAAUAAUCGAUAAAUCGGUUAUGGAUGAUGUACCAAAAAAUAAAAUCAAAGUACCAGUACCGGUUAAUAUUUCCGGAACAAUGUUUUGUAAUCAUGUAAAAGCUUACGCAGUGCUUGUUAAUAUCGUCGAAGAAGUUUCAUAUCAAACAAAAGAUGGAAUGAAAAAUGGUAGAUUACGAAUUAGUAGUUAUUCACUUUCCGGUCGUAAUGGUUAUUUUGAAAUUGUUGGUCGUAGAUAUGUUACCACAAAUUUAUUAUUAUUAAAUAUUACCCAUCAUUGUUUACCGAAUUUAAAGCGGAAAAAAUAUCGGAAUUGUUUUACGAAUAUUAUGUAUAGAAUUCGUAAUGAUCUUAAAAAUAUGAAAUAUGAUAUGGGUGAAAUUUAUUUGGAUCGUUUGGAAUUGCAAAAUGAGGUAGAAUGUCGUGAAUGGCCCUAUGAAUAUCCGCAAUUUGUUAAAGAUUAUAUAGCCAAAAAUCCAACAUAA